UCACACACUUCCUCCAUCUCAAACCACAUAAAAAUACCCAAAACGUUUUCUUCUAUAGCGGAAAUGGAAAAUACUCUUCUUUUCCUUUCCCUUCUUUUCAAUAUCCUCCUUUUUGCCUCAACUUCAAAUGCUAUUUCCUCCUGCAAUGGGCCAUGUCAAACAGAAAAUGACUGUGAUGGUCAACUUAUUUGCAUACACGGAUCAUGCAACGAUGACCCAGAUAUUGGAACAAACACAUGCAGUGGCGGCAGUGGUGGCGGAGGUGGCGGUCCUUCUCCUUCAGACGACUCAUGUCAACCCUCUGGCUCCCUUACAUGUCAAGGGCAAUCAUAUCCUACAUACACAUGCUCACCAACAGUUACAUCUUCGACAAAUGCCAAAUUAACGUUAAAUGAUUUCAGUGAAGGCGGCGACGGAGGUGCACAAUCGGAGUGCGACGGGAACUACCAUGACAAGACAGAGCUGGUGGUUGCUCUUUCUACUGGUUGGUAUGCUGGAGGGACAAGGUGUGGGAAGAUGAUAAGGAUUAGUGCAAGUAAUGGAAAGAGUGUAGAAGCUAAGGUGGUUGAUGAGUGUGAUUCAAGAAACGGGUGUGAUAGUGAACAUGCAGGCCAACCACCCUGUAGGAAUAAUAUUGUUGAUGGUUCUGAUGCUGUCUGGGAAGCUCUAGGUUUGAACAAGGAUGACGGUGUCGUUGAUGUUACUUGGUCAAUGGCAUAGUUGACCAAGUGACAUGAAAUUAUGGCUCUUUUUAUACCUAAUAAAACCCAUAAAUGGAAUCUCUUUGUAGUAUGCUAUCUGGAUUUUAAUUUUUACUGAUUUAAUAAGGAUUAUUAAAAAAGAGUGAGUAAGGUAUAACUUA